AUGGUGGUGCCUCGAACGCCCCCUACCACCGCUAGACGUCACCGUCGUCAGCCAGAAUCCACAGAUCCUUCAUCAGAUAUAGGCUCCUCCGCCUCCUCAGUAAUCUCUGAAGAAAUGGACACCCCAACUGCCCCUAGAGCUCAAAGCUCUACUACAGCCAACACCAUGGCAUCCACACCAGACAUCACAGCUCUGUUCCAGCAGAUGCAGGAACAGAUGCAGGAACAAAUGCAGAAGCAGAUGCAGGAACAAAUGCAGAAGCAGAUGCAGGAGCAAAUGCAGAAGCAGAUGGACCAGUUCAUGACUCGUUUUAAUGCCCUUGAACGCCAUCAAUCCCAAUCCUCCACUCCUACAGUCCGGCAUAACGCUACUCCCUACAAUCAUAUUCAAAAUAAUACAGCUAUUCCAGCCUCAAAUCCAGUACAAAAAGAUCCUUUUGAUCAUGUACAAGCUCAAGUUAAAGCGCUCCUACCAGACCGAUGCCGAAUCACACUGUCUCAUGAUAAUUACGACCCCUGGAGUUCAGCCAUUCAAAGAGAAGCCAAUGUCCUGAACGCUAGUACAGUCUUGCAUCAGGAUAUACCUCCAGCAGGAUACUCAGCUUAUGAUGCUGAAGUAUGGCAUUGCAAAGCCACUGUCAUGAGAGCCCAAAUGCUUCAUGCUAUGACUGCCUAA